CACCCUCGCUCACCUACAAGCACACCUUCGACCAUGUUUGGCAUGCGCGCUUGGCCCACUCCCUUCCUCCGCCCCAUGUGGCCCUUCAUGGCCGGCGGUGCCCUCACCUUCUACGGUGUCGCCAAGAUGCAGAGCGCCAUGCUCGAGGUUCCUGAGUGGCGUGACAGCCCGAAGAACCCGAUGCCGCGCGCCCCGGCCGCCACGACGGCGCACUGAGCGCCCACUCGCGCUCUCGCGCUCGCUCUCGGCGUCUAGACGGUCUCGCGGCGGCGGCGCACCCGGACGGGAGGUGGACCCGGGCGGUGCGGCACGGAAAAUCAAGUGGUUUCGACUC